AUGACUUUGCAACAUGGUUUGCAGCAGCAUACAGUUUUAGUUACACAACAUUUUGGACCACAGCAGCAACAAUCACAGCAGCAAGGAUCACAACAAGAGCAACAACAAGGAUCACAACAGCAUGGAUCACAGCAUGAACCACAACCGCAGCCACAUCCACAGCCGCAGCCACAACCACAUCCACAACCGCAACCGCAUCCGCAACCACAACCACAGCCUGGCAUAUUAAUAGUAAUAAUGUAG